ACACCAGUAUCGAAGGGAUAUUCGCGUUCGUAGGACAGUCGAGUGUUCGAGUAAAGAAAAAUUUGCGAAAUACUCGCGAUCCUAGUUUCGAGAGUCGCGCGUAGGUCGAUGCCCGAAAAUCCUCGGCCAAUCGACGCACGGCUCUCUGCUCGGGAACCAGUCAAGCACGUUGACAGAUAUGCAACGGCUGGUCGCAAGAGGUUGCAUAUUUCGAAUGGCAAUUUAUAGUGUGGACAGCAACAUAUCGCGUGCUAGUUCCGUCCAUAGGAUUAGACGAAAUUCUGAAGGCGAUCCAGCGAUUUUUGAAGAAAUGCGCGUUUUCGGUGCAAGUGCAACCCAUUUUGCGCAGUUUCCAUGACCCAGAUUACGAUGGGGAGUUCGCUCGCCUUUCGGAACAGCUGUUGGCCGCGCGAACAUGUCGGCCGCGGGGAAACGCUUGGAUAUUUCGUGGACUGCGCGCGCCUCUUGGCGGCUUCGCCGCCACAAUUUCCAGGGCUGUAUCAACCGCCGACACACUAGGCACCAUGCAAUUCUUCAAUUUCAUCGACGCGAUGCGACUUUCUUUCGAAGAUGCCUGGCACUAGUUUCUUUGUGCGAUUUCUCGCGAUACAUAGACUUUCCUCGAUCUAAAAUAAUCGGAAUCUCUCCGGAACGGAAACAAUGGGAUUUAUUCUGAGAGAAAACGGUCUUUCUGAAAUAGUAUUGUACGUGAUUUUUUGUGUAUCACGCUGACUGGCUCUCGUAUCACUUUUCCAUGAUUUUUUUUUCUCCGUUUCACAUCGUUUGUACGAAAUGUUCGAGACGGUGUUGUCCGUGUUCGUACGAAAAUGCACGUAUCUCACUGAGUCCGCGUUAAAUCACCGUCUACUAUGGCGUAAUUAAAAUUCCAUAUGCUGUGAGGAGUACAAUAGUGCACCAGCGAGCAGAACCUCGUAAACUGUGUGUGGCUUCAUAGUUAUUUAUUCGUGUAUUACUAUUAACGUGACUUCACGGGAGGAUCAUGUGCAAAAGUGUUUAAAACCGACAGCCCCGAUGAUGGUUCGUUAUUCGAGACUGUACGAUACAAAACGUUUCUAUCCGUAGAUAUAAAGUUAUUUUUUUUCUCUCGAGAAAGAUUUUUUAUCUAGAAUGUCAACUUGUUCGCGUAACGUGCACGAGUUAUUACGGCAACGGCGCGUCGAGGAAAAAAGGAAACAAUGGUGAAAUAAAUAAAUAAAGGCGCAAGUGGAUUCCGAUCGGCUAAAAAUUCAUUGUUUCCCUGUAAUAUUCUAACAGGGCCGAGUUGUCAGUGAAUGUCCGGGAAGCGUGGUAAAACGACGGUGGAAGAAAAAAUACAAUUCCAACAAACUCACGCGUGCGUAAUUGUCAUGUUAAUAAGUUUACGAACAACUUCGCCGUAGCGAUUACAUUCCGAGUGAUUCCGGAUCCGCUAAGUUGGGUUAGAAGUGUGUACGGAGUGUCCGCGCCGUAAGAAGGACUCACGGUAAAAAGAUACCGAGGAAUAAUCGAUGCACAAUUAAUGAAAGUUCGAAAGAGAAGUUUCUCGCGAGGGCUGUGUGUGGCACGUCGUAUAUACGCUUUGCAGGAGGUACCCGAGUGGUUGGUAACAGAGACGCUUAGCGGAUGAAUACGGUCCUGCGCGAUCCCCUCCACCUUCCUCAUCCCGCUAUACGACCAGUCAGUUCCUUGUUUGCCAUACAAAAUCCAAUAGUUUGCCUUGUACCUCGAGAGUGCGAGUAUGCCUUUUGCAUUUACCUUUUUUCCCCUUGGAAAAAGUGCGGUAAUCCAUUCGAGAUACUCGCGAAAAUGUGCAUUUUACUAAGUUUGUUUACACACACGACGAGAUUCCGAUGGUACUGAGAAGGAGAUCAGAGAGAGCAUAGUGAAUUCCUGUCGCGAGCAGGCCGACCGGCCCGUUAAGGCUUCCGUCGAUUUUUUGGUCGUGAAAAAAACAACGGAGCCGAAGCUUUUGUGCAGAAAGUCAGUUGGACGGCUGAAAAAGAGGACCGAUUUAGAGCGGGCGAGGUGGUGCAAGUGCCGAGGUGUACCUCGAGGUGGUUCCUUUGUAAAAGGAGCACCGCAGGACGAUUAUUUUCACUGGAGCUCUCUCGGGGAAAUGUGUUAUGUAUUUACGUGGAAUAUUGCGUAACGUCGAGGGCCGGGAAGUGUUUGGAAACGUGCAACACUGACAAACCUCGCUUCGACGACUUCACGGGACGGCCUGUACGCGUCCGUGCAGCUGGCUUUACCGGCUCUAUUUCGUCCCUCUGCCCCAGCGAAAUCCCCUCGCGAGGCCCGAUACCGCGAUCGAAAUUUUCCGAAGAAAGAAAUCCCAACAACCGUCGUAUCUCCACGACGAAGGGCACAACUUUCAUCGCCGAUUCACCAUUUCACCUCGACCACUUGCUUCUGGACAUCUCUUCCCUCGAUAUUACCCUGGUGCAAGGACGUUCAACUUCUUUUCAAAUGGAAAUUGCAUUUCCAAUGUGAUCUGCGAUGAAACGCGUUCGCGGGCUGGACGAGGUAGCAUCACCAGCAGCAGCAACAUUAAAGCACUCGUCAGUGAGUGCAGGAAGUGGCUUAGGUGGCGGAGGAGGUGGUUUGGAGUAUCAUUCAAGCAGUGGAAUAGGCGUUGUUGUACCUGGUCAAGCAGUUCGAUCAGUUACUUCGAAAGAAAUGCCGGGAAGCAUACAAUUCGGAAGUGCCCAAGCUCAACAGCAAUACACUGGAGCAAUUGUUGUGCCGACCGCGGCUCCGUCCCCCAUUAAGGGAAGUGGAUCUGCAGGACUUAGUUCUACAUGUAGCAGUAGCAAUGUAAAUACUGGUGGAGGGUUGCAUAGUGGGAUAGGUGGUGGGAGUAACCAUAAUAUGGGUUCUCAACAACCUGCACCAGGAACACAAAGUCAAGUUCAUAGCCAGCAACAGCCAACAAUAAGGCACAAGGUUCACUCUGGCAAUGUAACACCACUAGCUUCUACCCCACCAGGCUCUAGCUUAGGUGGUGGUAGUGGUUCCCAGCAAUUUCAGAGAUUAAAAGUAGAGGAUGCAUUGUCUUACUUAGAUCAAGUCAAGUACAAAUUUAGCGAUCAGCCACAGGUGUAUAAUGACUUCUUAGAUAUUAUGAAAGAAUUCAAAUCACAAAGUAUAGACACUCCAGGAGUUAUAACACGAGUGAGUCAUUUGUUCAAAGGACACCCUGAGCUUAUAGUUGGUUUCAAUACAUUUCUUCCACCUGGAUAUAAAAUAGAGGUGCAAGCAAAUGAGCAAGGAUAUGCAUUUCAAGUAUCUGUUAGUAUGCCGAGUCCAACAGCAACUCAUACUGCUACCUUGUCGCAACAUCAUUGUACAGUAAACGUUGGUUCACCUCCUGUUGCAAGUCCACCAACACAACCAGCAAAAGCACCUCCAGUUUUGCAAAUAAUGCAAGGGUCCGGGAAUAUACAUCAUUCCCAUAUUUCAAACAAUAUUUCUAACAACAGUUUAACCGUACAUGCACCAUCACCUCCACCGGUGCAGGCAUACAAUAACUCACACGUUAGUGCAGCACAGGCUCAGGCUGUGAGUCAAGCAUUAAGUCAAGCCCAAGAUGGCAUACCUAGUAGUGGGCAAACACAACAGAGUCAACCGGUUGAAUUUAACCAUGCAAUUAAUUAUGUUAAUAAAAUCAAGAACCGAUUCCAAGGUCAACCAGACAAAUAUAAACGGUUCUUAGAAAUUUUACAUACUUACCAGAAAGAACAGCGGAACUUGAAAGAAUCUGGUCACAUGGGUGGUACAAGUGGAACUGGUGGGACGGGUGGGGCAAAACAUUUAACCGAAGCAGAAGUUUAUACUCAAGUUGCCAAAUUGUUUGAGAAUCAAGAAGAUUUGCUCGCAGAGUUUGGGCAAUUCUUGCCGGAUGCCACUAACCAACAGAGUUCAUUGUCCGUUAUGUUUCAGAGUAACAAGACUGCUACAGUUAAUGAUCACACCACAAUCGUUAAAAAACCAAUGGGACCUAAGGCACCUUACAAUAAUUCGGGGAAUAUCUCACGUGAACUCCGGGAGUCGAGUGGUACUGGCACAGUAGAACGCGAGAGCCGUGAUCAUAGGGAUCGUGAACGAGAACGGGACAGGUCUGGCGUACGGGAUAUCAACAGUGUCCAGAAAUUUGUACAUAAUGCGGGGCAAUUAAAGAGGAGUCCAUCGUUUUUGCCUUCGGUGACAGCCGGCAAUUCUCAUCAUAUACAGCACGGCCCACCCCCAUUGAAAAAGCAUAAAGUCUCAUCCAUGCGUGAAUGUGUCACUAUAGCGGAGGCUGGAAAAUACGGUAGUCUUAACGAUUACGCAUUCUUCGAUAAGGUCCGGAAAGCAUUAAGGUCUCAAGAAGUCUACGAAAAUUUCUUGAGGUGUUUAGUCCUGUUCAACCAAGAAAUAGUUUCUAAAUCUGAAUUGGUGCAACUAGUAACUCCGUUUCUUGGUCGCUUUCCUGAGCUAUUACGCUGGUUCAAAGAUUUUUUGGGUCAUUUACCCGAGUCUUCUACUACAACUACGACCAAUACGGCAAGCAACAUGAAUGUUGAAGCAUUACCAAAUAACGUUGUAAGGAGUCAUCAGGAACGUCCUCAGGGUGAUCUUGCCAUGGAGAUUGAUUAUGCAGCAUGUAAACGUCUAGGGGCGUCGUAUUGCGCGUUACCAAAGUCUUACAUUCAACCAAAGUGUACAGGAAGAACACAGUUGUGUAAAGAAGUUCUUAACGAUACAUGGGUAUCAUUUCCAACUUGGUCCGAAGACAGUACAUUUGUAACAUCGAGAAAAACCCAAUACGAGGAAUUUAUUUAUCGUUGCGAGGAUGAACGAUUUGAAUUGGAUGGCGUGAUAGAAACGAACGCGUCUACGAUCAGAGUGCUUGAAGGUGUUCAUAAGAAAAUGAGUAGAAUGAGUCAGGAGGAACUUCAGAAAUUUAAGCUCGACGAUUGUCUCGGUGGUUGUUCCCCUACGAUUCAUCAGAGGGCCCUAAAAAGGAUAUACGGCGACAAGGCUGCCGAUAUUAUAGAAGGCCUUAAGAGGAACCCUGUAGUAGCUGUACCUGUGGUUCUCCGGCGACUAAAAAGUAAAGAGGAAGAAUGGCGAGAGGCCCAGAAAGGUUUUAAUAAAAUUUGGAGGGAGCAAAAUGAAAAAUAUUACCUAAAAUCCCUAGAUCAUCAGGGUAUUAACUUCAAGCAAAGUGACGUGAAAGCGUUGAGGUCUAAAAGUUUAUUUAAUGAGAUUGAGACGUUGUACGACGAAAGACACGAACAAGUGGACGAUGGUGCCGCGGACGGACAAAAUAACAGUGGUCCACAUCUUGUACUACCCUACAAGGAUAAAUCGGUUCUAGACGAUGCAGCCAAUCUUCUGAUUCAUCAUGUAAAACGUCAGACAGCCAUCCACAAAGAAGACAAGCAACGAAUAAAGCUUUUACUGAAGCAUUUUAUACCUGAUCUUUUCUUUCAUCCUCGUCAAGAGCUCAGUGACGAUGAAAGAGACGAAGAUGAUGAAAAAGAAGAUCUGAAUGUGGCAGCGUGUAGUAAUUCUCAAUCAGUGACAAUGAAUACUUCUCCACUGGGUGGUGGUUUACAAGCAAAUAGGAAUAAGGCACCGGCAUCUCCGAUUCCGUCUUCCACGUCGAUUAAAACCGAACCUGACAUUAAACUACCCAUUCAUGCUCUGUCGAAUGAUCCUGAAGAAGCGUACACGCUCUUUAUGGGCAGCAACAACUGGUACCUUUUCUUGAGGUUACAUCAUAUUCUCUGUGAAAGAUUGACUAAAAUGUACGAAAGGGCUGUCGCCCUCGCCGAAGAGGAGUCUCGCUACAAACAGCAGCGAAAAGAGAGUACAGCUGUUGCCUUAAGAUUAAAACCUAAAAAUGAAAUUGAAAUUGAAGAUUAUUAUCCUGCAUUUCUGGAUAUGGUUAAGAAUGUCCUGGACGGCAAUAUGGAAAGUACCGCGUACGAGGAUACCUUACGGGAAAUGUUUGGUAUUCACGCGUAUAUUGCCUUUACGUUAGACAAGGUCGUAACAUACGCUGUGAGACAAUUACAGCAUUUAGUUUCUGAUCCUAUAUGCCAACAAUGCAUGGAAUUGUUCCAACGAGAACAACGACAACCAAAAGAAAGCAAUGGCGCGGGUGGUCUAUGUGCUACCGCAUAUAUGAGACUUGGUGCAGAAAUGGCGUAUCAACGUAAAGCUGAGAAGGCUAUGGCGGAUGAGAAUUGUUUCAAAAUAUAUAUAUAUAAGAAGGACUGCAAAAUGACAAUGGAAUUAUUGGAUACGGAAGGUGAUGAGGCGAUGGACAACAAUUGUAGGGAAAGAGAAAGGGAAGGAGUUACAGUAUCUGAAAAAUGGUCUACGUAUGUUGAGAGGUUUUCUGCGCCAGCUGGUCAGACUAGCCCGAAAGACACCCCUACCUUAACAGACAAUGAGCCAACAACCAAUCAUCCUGUGAGUAACGACCAGGCAGCAAGGGGGGGGAGGGGCAGAAAGCGCAAGAACACUGACAUUAGCAAGAAGAUGGAUGGGAAUGGUUGGAGUUCUUUAGGCAGAAUCUUGGCAGGACGUAAGCCUGUAUUUCUAUAUCGUAAUGUAAGACAAUGGAGGAAAAGGGCUGCAAGAAUGAUGUCAGCAUCUAUUCCUAACGCUAAUAAUCCUGAGAAGGGUGCAGAAUCAACUGACAAAGAUAAGGCAGCUCUAGACUCUGUGGACGCUAUUUUGAAGCGACCUGCUGGUUUAAGAUUAGCUGAUUCUGGGGAUACCUCUGACAUUAUUAAUUCUGAUGAAACCCAGUGCAGAUUUAAUCCAAACAGUUACCAAAUGCUUUAUGUUGCUAGCAAGGAAGCAUUCCUUUAUAAACAGAACUCGUUCAGUCGUGCCAGAGAGUGUCAUCCAACUGUAACGAAACACUUGAACACGAAAUUCCAUCAGUGGCUCUCAUCUUGGGCGUCUAAAAAUGUGGCGGAUAUACAGCAUCGGUUAUGUCAAGACUGGUUAAUGGGUCGUUACGAGAAUUUAAUCCCUCACAAGACACGAGUGAUCACGGACAAUGAUCAAACUAGAUCACCUUACCGACAAUACAAUCGUUAUCGAGUAGAACGCUUGCAACCCGAUCUUCUGACGGAACCAUGUGUAUAAUCUUACAUCUCUUAUAAUUUCUUUACUAUUCUUUGAGAAUAUAUGAUUAUCAAUGAGAGCUCGUUUAAAUAAUCUCGUACUCGUGGAUACUUUUUGUUAAUAAUUAGUUAAGAAUUAAUUGCGAUCUAGGGCAAAAAUGAGACUGAUUCUUGGCCCGCUAUUCGCGUUGUAAACCACUAAAGAACGUCUUGUUUUGCGGAUGGAGAUCAUCAUAGAAAAAGAUGAUACUAAAGGGGUCAUUAAAGAAUCGUCAUUCUUUACUAGACUCAUUGCAUUCGACUACGACAAAACGUUUGGUUUUUUUUUAUUGUACAGGUAAUACGAUGCAAAUGGAAGUAUCGCUAAUUCGUUAAAUUACUAUUUAUGUAAAGAUUUACAAAGAUUUUCUAGUUAUACAUGUGAAAUUUGCAAAUUGAAUGUUAUAAGAUUGAUCGAUAUACGCGAUAUUUCCAAUUGUAUCGAAGAUAAGCUUGUGAUCAGGUAAUGUAAGAUGUUCGAAUAUAAUGUUUCUUUUCUACAACGACUCAUUCACCAUCGCACUAGGUAUGGAUAUUUCGUGUAAGGUUUUACAUAAGAGAGUAAAGUUAGAAGAAAACUUUUGAUACUUUACGUAAUCGUAAACAAUACAGAUAGAAUAUACUAUCUUCAUAUAAUAAUUACUGUGCGUCAAGUGCAGAGAUUGUAGAUUCAGUCAAUUUUAUUUCAUCAAAUAUUUUAUUUUUAUAUGCUGUGAGAUUUCAUUGAAGUAUUAGAACUGUUAGAUUCUGUUGUCAGUUAAACUUAUUAUUUAUAGUGAAAAAAUAACAAAUUUGAACAGGUAAUCGAACGUAUUUAUGCGAAGUUCAAGAAAGUAACUUACGGAAGAUUGUACGCUUUCUUUACACAAUAAAAAUUAAAAAAAGAAAAGAAAAGAUUUGUCAUAUGGAUCUUUAAAACAGUCUCCGUGGUUUUUCUGGUUUUGGCAAAAUUUUUUAUCGCUGGCACUUUACGUGCAACAGAUUGUUCGUAGAAGUUUUUCAUAACUUACUUCUCUUAUUUUGUUGUCAACCAAUCGAAGUCUCUCUUCACAGAAAAAUUUAUUAUACAUAAACCGUAUGUAUAGAUACAUACUUGUACAUAUGUACGUGCAUGUAUGUAUAAAUGUGCUAAGAAGUUGAGUGCAUCUAUACGUAUGUACACAUGUAAGAACGAGAACAAACACUAGGCCUUAUUUUUUACCUGAUCUUUAGGCUACUCGGUAAAAUAUGAAAGAAAAAAUUGUAAAAUGUUAAAUAUAUUGUAGUGGUGUUCCUGUACAGUGCAAAGGUGUUGACAACAUCAAAAGUGCGAUGUUAAUUGGUACAAAGCAUUGGUUCACCACGCACGAGGUACAUGGCUCGAGUUCUGAUUUUAUGUUAUUCUUAUUAUCUUAGAUAUGUAUUUUUUACUGAUUCACUUUUAUUCGUACAUCGCUAUAGAUGAGAUAUAUAUAUACAUAUGUAACGAUGUAUAUAUGUGUAUGAACAUACAUAUACAUCAAUGUACAUAUACAUACAUACCAUCCUGACUAAAAUACAACUUUUUUUUUAAUAUUGUGGGUAUAUUUUGUCAAUAUUAAAUUUUCCGUUCGUUAAACCUGUCGCGAGAAAGAAAAACAAAAUGUUAAUUGAUCAGGAUAUUCGUGCGUGGUAGUAGAAGAAAGUAAAACUCCUUUGUAAUAUUCAGACUGUAUGCAGUCGUUGCCACAACCGGAAACACGAAUCAGCUUUUUGCAUCGAUUCACCACAACGCUUCAGACAUUCAGGCAGAAUAUACGGUUUCAAAUAUAGUGACGGAUAAUAAUGUAAGCAACAAGCGGCUGUAUACAUUCUUAUCCUAAUUAUACGGAUUUCGUUGGGGUCACGGCGUCUCUGUUUUUGCGAAUAAUUUUGAGAAGAUGCCGUCACACGUAUAUACUUGCAUACGCGCGUGAUUGCCCACACGCUCGCUCACACACACACGCGUGCGCGCGUAAACAUGCAACACAAACACACACACAUACACACGUAACACAUAUACACACUGAUUUUCACUGUGCCGCUCAGUUAUGCAAUAUAACACUGCAGUUGUACAUUAAAACCGGUGUAUCUUAUCGAAAGGAGAACAAAGAAAAGAGAGACGCGGUCUUCCGAUGCUCGACUACUUGUGACUAUUAAUGAUAGUGUAUUUUAUCAAGAAAUUGCUAAUUUUAAAAAAAAAAGUGUAUGUCCGUGUAUCAAAAGUGAAUGUACAGGCAAUUUUAUUACUCGAGAUAAUAAUUUAAUGUUGAUAUAUUUUGCACAAAUCAUUAUUAAUAUUAAUAAACCAUUAAUAUUAUCAUUGUCCUACAUUUCUUCUAUUAACUAUGGAUUUUCAGGUGGAAGAAUGAAUACGUUAAAGAUAGCAGCGCGGAACGAUUAUUUGUUUAACAACCGUAAUGAUGGACCGUGAGGUAAGUGAUAGGUUUAAAAGCAAGAACAUAAUCAUUCCUACAACAUUACUUUAGUUUUAUUAAAAAUGGUAACAUUGAUAAUCAUUGUACAACUAUAGAUGUAGCAUAACGUAACGCGUGAGUUGUAGCAUAACGUUGUAAAUAAUUUAAUUGUAAAUCUUGUAAAUGUAUAUGUAAGCGGAACGACGCGAAGAAAGGUGUGCUAUGGAGUAUUGGUAAUUUCGAUGUUACAGGGAGCAAUCAAAUUUUAGCUAUACUGUUCAUGGCUCUGGUCAAGGUACCAAAGACAAUGUAAGAAAGUUACUGUCGACGAUAAUUAAGAAAAUAGAUUUCUAGAGAUCCAAAAGAGAUGAUGAAAAUUACUAUGGAACUAAAAUAUUGCUUAGAGAGAUUCACAUAUCUAUUUUUGAAGCCUUCUUUCGUUCCUUUAAGACAGAAAUAAGAAAGACAUAAAAUUGUUGCAUCCAAGACCGCCAUGAUAGUUACUACACACUUCUCCAUGCUUGCUUUCUUCACGAAGAACGCAUUCUUCUUACGGAUUUCGUCAAUUAUUCACGAAAGGAGCACUCACUCCUUCCAACUAAAUCAUAAUCACUCUACAUAGUGAAAUACUGCAUACGAAUACAUUGUCUGUACUUUUUCCUACACGUCUUAUAAAUUUCUCUAAUUACUAGACUGCAGAUUCGAUUGAAAUUUUAUCAAACUUUUGGUUCACUUAAAUUUUGAUAAUAUAUAUAGCGUUAACGGAAUAAACGGAUUGCUAUGUAAUUCCUGUUCCUAUAAAUUGAUAAAAGUCUAUAUUUGUUUUGAGCAUCCACAGUCUACUAAUUACAGGUUGUGUAAAUUAGUUGUUUAAUGCCAAUCUAGCUGUUUAGUUAUACUUCUUGGAUAAAAUAACGAGUUCUCCAAUGUAGUGAAAUAUUAUUACAGAAUCUAAGUUUCCUAUUUGAAAACGUGUAGAAAAACUUUUCGAUAUAAUUACUUCUCUAUUUUAUCGUUUUAUGUAUGCCUACUGCACUGCAAUAUUCAAAAGCAAUUGCAAGACGGUGUAAUGUAUCUAUGAAACGUGAAAAGAUUCGUUUCAAUUUGAGCAAGGACCUCUUUGGUCGUUAAAUAAGAAAUUCGAGUAUGAUGUUGCGUAACGAGCAAAUGAUAUUAUAUAGUUACAUUACUAGUCCAUUACGUUAUAUAAAAUGAUUCAAUAGAAUUUUCCCCGGUUAAGUACAAAAUCGUGAAUUGUGCCUUAUCAAAAUACUGUAACUAAGCUUGCUAUAGCUUUACACCUUGAACAGGUCUGAUUUGAUAAAAUUAAUUUCCAUUAUACAUUCAUGGUAAUUUGAAAGGGUAAAGUAUUCUUGUCCACGAGUAAAAUUGAAACGAAUGAAUUAAAUGUUGCUGCGAGCCGCGUACCUUCGCUGUUAAUGCGAAACCGUAAUUACUAGACUGCGGAUGUUAACGAAUAUAUACGUAUUAUUUUUAUAAAACGAUUUGAAAUAACCGAAGCUAGGUAACGAUUAAUAAUAAUUAAAAUAGAGAAAAGAAGUCUUUGCAUCGUCGCAGUCUAAUAAUUACGUUUAACCGUAAUCCUAG